AUGGCCAAAAUCCCUCGUGCAUUUCUCCUAUCGGCCACCUCAAGCUCGGCGCCGUUUCUUUACCAGACCCGCACCCUUGCGCCGUUAUCACAAUCGCUAUGCCGAUGCCCUCCGAUCAACCGGCUUCAACGUCAAUACUCGGGAAGUAAUAUCCCGGAGAACGAUGAUGGAUAUAAAGAUGGCUCAAACGAGAACAAUUCGGGUCCGAAAAUAUCCUCUGAGACGUCAACAAGUCCGGCGACAAAUGACUGCCCUGCACCUCGGCGAAGUUUUCUGCGCCGGCGCGCUGAAGAGGUCGCCCCGAAAACUGAGCCCACUGAGCCAGCACCCUCGUCGCGCCCACUCCAAACGAUUACCCCUGCGGAGAAGAUGAUCUUUGCGGACCUGCUGAAACAACUCAAGAAAGAGAAGCCAGCGGCGACGACCACGAAACCGUCCCGGGCCUCAGCGCGCCGACCCAAGCCAGAGAACGUCAACGAUUUAAUUGCGUUGUUUGAUGAUAUAUUUGACAAGAGCGAAAAGGAGGCAGCAGAGAAGAAAAGGAAGCAAGAGAAAGAGAAAGAGAAAGCUGCAUCUGCCGCCCGCGGAGAUACACAAGAAAAGUCAUUUGAUAUACCAGGAGGCUCAGACAAGAUUCGCUACAGUGACCUCAGAUUCUCGGCGAUAGCCUCUAAGGCCCACCCGGACUUUGAGAUCACAAUUACCGAUGCUGUUGAUCUCGUCAUCAAAAGGGAGUCGAAAAGAAUUGAAGAUGAGCUUUUCAAGGCAAUUGAAGAGGGUAGAGGCGAUAUGGGACUAUGGGAGGAAUGUCAAGAGCACAUUUUCGGCAUGUUGCAACAUCUGGAAGAACCAACGCCAACGGUGUCAGAUGCAGUUGCAGACGAUUCAUCUUCGGGCACGAUGAACGGAACAGAGAGGCCAAUGAUCUCUUCUGGUCCUCUUAAUAUCCCCGCCAUGGUACCCGUUACCCCGGUACUUGCAAAGCUCUACCCAAAGACGCUUCUCGUCGCGUUCCGUCUUCUGAACACUCAUUUCCCGGAAUCGCAACUCAUCGGUCAAUUCCGCUCCACGAUCAAAAACCAAGGCCGCACAUCCUCCGUCCUCGGAACCUCCUCUGCACUCUGCGAUGAGAUGAUCUAUUUCCACUGGCACGGCUGCAACGAUCUCCCAGCCGUUAUAGGAUUCCUGCAUGAUAUGGAUCUCCACGGUCUCUCGCCGAGCCCGAAAUCCCACCGGCUUUUGAAGGAAAUUGUCCGCCAGCGUUUCCGUGACUUGGACUCGGUACGUCAGUCUGAUACCGGGGUGGCCUCUUUCUGGCAGUUCCCUCCAAACCAAACGGCCUUCCAGGAGCUUUCUGGACCUGGUGGCUGGUUGGAUAGGUUGGAUGAGCACGCUCGGCGCGAAAGUGCAAUUCCGUUCACGUCCGAGUGA